AUGAUGACAGGAGCAAAAAAGAAAAGAAAUGCAGUCUGGGGGAAGAUCCAGGCUAUUCGCUUGGAAGAUGUCAAAGUCUGGUGUAUGAAAAGGCUGCCCAUCUUGAAAUGGGUGCCUGUCUACAACUGGAAGGAAGAUUUGACUCCUGAUACUGUUUCUGGGAUGAUGCUAGCCAUCCAACAGGUGACUCAAGGACUUGCUUUUGCUGUUCUGUCUUCAGUCCAUCCAGUCUUUGGUUUAUAUGGCUCUUUCUUCCCCGUCAUUAUUUAUGCCAUUUUUGGAAUGGGACGUCAUGUUGCGACAGGAACAUUUGCAUUAACUUCCUUAAUAUCUGCCAAUGCAGUUGAGCGUCUUGUUCCUUCAGUCAGCACUAAUUUCACUACAAACAAUAAUUCAGCAGUUUUGGGCCUAUCAGAGUUUGAAAUGCAGAGGAUUGGAGUUGCAGCAGCAGUUUCAUUUCUAGGAGGAAUCAUUCAGGUAACAAUGUUUAUGCUGCAGUUGGGCAGUGCCACUUUUCUGUUAACAGAGCCAGUGAUAAGUGCGAUGACAACAGGAGCAGCUACACACGUCGUAACUUCACAAUUGAAGUAUCUGCUGGGAAUGAAAAUGCCAUAUAUAUCAGGACCACUUGGAUUUUUUCAUAUUUAUGCCUACAUAUUUGAGAAUAUCAGAUCAGUUCAGCUGGAGGCUUUACUUCUGUCCUUGCUGAGCAUUGUGGUGCUUAUUCUUGUUAAAGAACUGAAUGAGAAAUUUCAGAAAAACAUUAAAGUUAUUCUUCCCGUCGACCUACUUUUGAUACUUGCUACAUCCGUUGCUUGCUACUAUGCUGAUAUGGAAUACGUCUAUGGGCUAGAAGUUGUGGGACAUAUUCCUGAAGGGUUACCGUCACCAAAAGCACCGCCCAUGAACGUCUUGGCUGAAGUAGUCACUGAAGCUUUUGGAGUAGCACUGGUUGGUUAUGCAGCAUCACUAGCUCUUGCCCAAGACUCUGCUAGAAAGUUUAAAUACACUGUGGAUGACAACCAGGAAUUUUUGGCUCAUGGCCUCAGCAACGUGAUUCCUUCAUUUUUCUUUUGCAUACCAAGUGCUGCAGCGAUGGGACGGACGGCACUUUUAUACAGUACGGGCGCCAAAACACAGGUGGCUUGCCUUAUCUCUUGUGUAUUAAUCCUUGUGGUUAUCUAUGCAAUUGGACCUAUGCUGUACUGGCUGCCUAUGUGUGUACUAGCAAGCAUAAUUGUUGUGGGCUUGAAGGGGAUGCUAAUGCAGUUCCGUGACUUAAAAAAAUAUUGGAAUGUUGAUAAAAUAGACUGGGGCAUAUGGGUUAGUACCUAUGUGUUUACAAUAUGUUUUGCUGCUAACGUGGGACUGUUAUAUGGUGUUGUCUGCACUACAGUAAUUGUGAUUUUCCGAUUUCCCAGAGCAAAGACACUGAAUUUGAAAAAUGUGAAGGAAGUGGAAUAUAAAUACAAAACAGAAGAUGACUGUGAAUCAUUAAAACAGGUAAAGAUAGUCUCAGUCAACAACCCAUUAGUCUUUCUGAAUGCCAGGAAAUUUCAUGCUGACCUGAUAAAGAUAAUCCAAAAGGAUAGCAUGAGCAGCCAGUGUGAGCAGAACAUACUGCUGUGUUCAUUUUCCAGUGGAAAUUCUCAUGAUGAGCCAUCUCAGUCAUGUCACAGUGAGCGAUGUGUUUUGAUAUUAGACUGCAGUGGACUGAAUUUCUUUGACUACACUGGAGUCUCUGUGCUGCUUCAGAUUUACAUGGACUUUAAAAACAGACACAUCGAUGUGUUGCUAGCACACUGCAAAGCUUCCUUGAUAAAAGCACUGCAGUAUGGUGGAAAUCUUGAAUCCGAAAAUCCUGUCUUCUUUGAAUCUAUUUCUUCAGCAUUUGAAGCCAUUCAGAUUCACAGGAAUUACAGCAAGUUCAAUGAACAGAGUGAAGUGUGA